CUGUUGUUUUGAUGAAUAAUACUUGGUGGGGCGAGGGGUGAGAGUAGGGGUGGAGGGGUAGGAGGAUUUACGCUUCCAACGAGAGCAACGCGAGUCCCAUCCUCCCCCUCCCCCCAGCCCGGGUUCCAGCGUGGAGGAGGGGCGUGUCCGGCCUGCUUUUAGAGGGGAGGGGCUUCUCUAGAUAGUGCAGGGCCCCGCCAGGGUGGCCGUGGGGUCUUCUUGCUUUGGGGCAUCCGCUGUGUAGUGGAGUCCUUCCCGCCCGAGGCCGAGCGUAGGAAGGAGAGAGCAGGCUCCGCCGCAGAAGACCCAGCUGCCGCCCCGCCACACGCAGGCUGUGGGCACGAGAGGAGCUGGAGACCGCGCUGCCCCUCUGGGUAACCUGGGCGGCGAGGGCAGCGAGCGGCGCCUUCAGCUCACCCUGUCGCCGCGGCGGCUGCCGGGGGCUCGGGCGGCCGGGGGAGUCUCAGAGGCGACGGAAGCCACCCAGGCAAGGCAGUUCAGUGCCUCGUGUUCGUAUUUUUUAACCUCUGACUAUGCAAUUCUGAAACCUCCCCCAAUCGGGGGACCAGACAGCCUGCUAGACACCUUCCGCUCGCCUUGCUUCCCGCCCUGGUCUCGAGAACAGAAGGACCUCUCCUAACGCCUGUCACCAUUAAGAGGAAAGCGAUGGAGGAGCUGAGCGCUGAUGAGAUUCGCCGGAGGCGCCUGGCCCGACUGGCUGGUGGACAGACCUCACAGCCCACCACCCCGCUUACCUCGCCCCAGAGGGAGAACCCUCCAGGGGCCCCGAUCGCAGCAUCAGCCCCAGGCCCCUCGCAGAGUCUUGGCCUCAGUGUCCACAGCAUGACCCCAGCUACCUCCCCGAUAGGCGCGGCAGGAGUUGCACACCGGAGCCAGAGCAGCGAGGGAGUCAGCUCUCUGAGCAGCUCGCCCUCCAACAGCCUAGAGACGCAGUCCCAGUCCCUGUCGCGCUCCCAGAGCAUGGAUAUCGACGGCGUCUCCUGUGAGAAAAGCAUGUCCCAGGUGGAUGUGGAUUCGGGAAUUGAAAACAUGGAGGUUGAUGAGAACGACCGACGAGAGAAGAGAAGCCUUGGUGACAAGGAACCUGCCUCCGGCCCCGAAGUGUCUGAAGAGCAGGCCCUGCAGCUGGUCUGUAAGAUUUUCCGUGUCUCUUGGAAGGACCGGGACAGAGAUGUCAUCUUCCUUUCUUCUCUCUCUGCGCAGUUCAAACAGAACCCAAAAGAAGUGUUCUCUGAUUUUAAGGACUUGAUUGGCCAGAUCUUAAUGGAAGUGCUCAUGAUGUCUACUCAGACUAGAGAUGAAAACCCGUUUGCCAGUCUCACCGCCACAUCCCAGCCCAUCGCGGCAGCAGCUCGGUCUCUGGACCGAAAUCUCAUGCUGAAUACCAGCUCCAACCCUGGAACCAGCCCCAUGUUUUGCAGCUUGGGCUCCUUCGGUGCCAGCUCUCUGUCUAGCCUCUAUGACACUAGCCCGGCCCCUACUGCUGGUCCCUGCGGCCCAGGGCCGGUGGCAAGUCUGUCCUUUGCCUCCCCUUCCCGCAUGUCCCUUAGCCCUCACACAGUGGCUUCUGGAUCUGCAACAGGAAGCCAGCCCUCAUCCCUGUCCCUGUCCCCACGCUACCGGCCCUACACUGUCUCGCACCCAGGGCCGCCUCCAUCUUGUGCCAUCCUGCAGCCCAUCCCCUCCAGCUCUCCCAGCCUCCCUGCCCUCGCGGGGAGCCCCCCAGCUGGCACCUCCAGACCGAGGCCUCCGAGUGCAGGCCCAGCUGUCCCACCUGCCUCGCCCAGUGUCGCCAACAGACGUCCCUCUUCCCUGCGGAUGUCUCCUAGUUUGGGAGCCUCUGGUGGUGGAGCAAGUACCUGGGAUUCCUAUAGUGACCAUUUCACCAUUGAGACCUGCAAGGAGACAGACAUGCUGAACUACCUCAUUGAGUGUUUUGACCGAGUUGGAAUAGAGGAAAAAAAAGCACCAAAGAUGUGCAGCCAGCCAGCAGUCAGCCAGCUUCUGAGCAACAUCCGCUCUCAGUGCAUCUCCCAUACCGCGCUUGUGCUGCAAGGCUCGCUGACACAGCCAAGGUCCACGCAGCAGCCGUCCUUCCUCGUGCCCUAUAUGCUGUGCAGGAACCUCCCCUAUGGCUUCAUCCAGGAGCUGGUGAGGACGACGCACCAGGAUGAAGACGUCUUUAAGCAGAUCUUUAUCCCCAUUCUGCAAGGGCUGGCUCUUGCUGCCAAAGAAUGCUCCCUCGACAGUGACUACUUUAAGUACCCCCUCAUGGCAUUAGGUGAACUCUGUGAAACCAAGUUUGGGAAGACACACCCCGUGUGCAAUUUGGUGGCUUCUCUGCCCUUGUGGUUGCCGAAACCCUUGAGUCCUGGCUCUGGGCGGGAGCUGCAGAGACUGUCAUACUUGGGAGCCUUCUUUAGCUUCUCCGUCUUUGCCGAAGAUGAUAUGAAAGUGGUUGAAAAAUACUUCUCAGGGCCUGCCAUUACCCUGGAGAACACGCGCGUGGUCAGCCAGUCCCUACAGCACUACUUGGAGCUGGGAAGGCAAGAGCUCUUCAAGAUUCUGCAUAGUAUCUUAUUAAACGGGGAGACCCGGGAGGCAGCCCUCAGCUACAUGGCAGCUGUCGUCAAUGCCAACAUGAAGAAGGCACAGAUGCAGACAGACGAUCGAUUGGUAUCUACAGAUGGAUUUAUGCUUAACUUCCUCUGGGUACUGCAGCAGCUCAGUACAAAGAUCAAGUUAGAAACAGUGGACCCCACGUACAUAUUCCACCCUCGAUGUCGGAUCACUCUCCCCAACGACGAGACGCGAGUGAAUGCGACGAUGGAGGAUGUGAAUGAGUGGCUGGCUGAGCUCUAUGGUGAUCAGCCACCCUUCUCGGAGCCCAAGUUCCCCACAGAGUGUUUCUUCCUCACGCUGCACGCACACCACCUCUCCAUCCUGCCCAGCUGCCGCCGCUACAUCCGCAGGCUUCGAGCCAUCCGGGAGCUGAACAGAACCGUAGAAGAUUUGAAAAAUAAUGAAAGCCAGUGGAAAGAUUCUCCACUGGCCACCAGACAUCGCGAGAUGCUGAAGCGCUGUAAAACCCAGCUAAAGAAACUGGUACGGUGCAAGGCCUGUGCUGACGCUGGCUUACUUGACGAGAGCUUCCUGAGAAGAUGUCUGAAUUUUUAUGGCCUUCUCAUUCAGCUGCUGCUCCGCAUCCUGGACCCUGCAUAUCCCGAUGUAACACUGCCUUUGAGUUCAGACGUCCCCAAGGUAUUUGCAGCAUUGCCGGAGUUUUAUGUAGAAGAUAUUGCUGAAUUUUUAUUUUUUAUUGUACAAUACUCACCCCAGGCGCUCUACGAGCCCUGCACUCAGGAUGUCGUGAUGUUCCUCGUCGUGAUGCUGUGCAGCCAGAGCUACAUCCGGAACCCAUACCUGGUGGCCAAGCUUGUAGAGGUCAUGUUCAUGACCAACCCCGCUGUCCAGCCCCGCACCCAGAAGUUUUUCGAGAUGAUCGAAAACCACCCUCUGUCCACCAAGUUGCUGGUACCAUCCCUGAUGAAGUUCUACACAGAUGUUGAGCAUACCGGAGCCACCAGCGAGUUCUAUGACAAGUUCACCAUUCGCUACCACAUCAGCACCAUCUUUAAAAGCCUUUGGCAAAACAUAGCUCAUCACGGCACGUUCAUGGAGGAGUUCAAUUCUGGGAAGCAGUUCGUUCGCUAUAUAAACAUGUUGAUAAAUGACACAACGUUCUUGCUUGAUGAAAGCCUGGAGUCGCUGAAGCGGAUCCAUGAGGUGCAAGAGGAGAUGAAGAACAAAGAACAGUGGGACCAGUUGCCGAGGGAUCAGCAGCAGGCCCGGCAGUCUCAGCUGGCGCAGGAUGAGCGCGUCUCCCGUUCGUACCUCGCCCUGGCAACAGAAACGGUGGACAUGUUCCACAUCCUCACCAAGCAGGUCCAGAAGCCAUUCCUUCGGCCGGAACUCGGACCCCGUUUGGCUGCGAUGUUGAACUUCAAUCUUCAACAGCUCUGCGGCCCCAAAUGCCGUGACCUGAAAGUGGAAAACCCUGAGAAGUACGGCUUUGAACCAAAGAAGCUGUUGGACCAGCUGACCGACAUUUACCUGCAGCUGGACUGCGCACGCUUUGCCAAAGCCAUCGCCGACGACCAGAGAUCCUACAGCAAAGAGCUGUUUGAAGAAGUCAUUUCAAAGAUGAGGAAAGCAGGAAUCAAGUCCACCAUAGCAAUAGAGAAGUUCAAACUCCUUGCCGAGAAAGUGGAGGAGAUCGUGGCAAAGAACGCACGCGCGGAGAUCGACUACAGUGAUGCCCCUGAUGAGUUCCGAGACCCCCUGAUGGACACACUGAUGACUGACCCCGUGCGCCUACCCUCCGGCACCAUCAUGGAUCGCUCCAUCAUCCUGCGACACCUGCUGAACUCGCCCACCGACCCAUUCAACCGGCAGACGCUGACAGAGAGCAUGCUGGAGCCAGUGCCAGAACUGAAAGAACAGAUCCAGGCAUGGAUGCGAGAGAAACAGAACAGCGAUCAUUAACUGUCCCCUUUGCCACCUGCUGCUGGAAGCAGCCAAGGCCAUCGGGGCAGGCAGGAGCAGCCCCUGUGCCGAAUGAAACCGACGCUGUGUUAGGGCCCGGGAGUGGUCCUGUCCCCGAGAGCCCGUCCCAAGUGACCAAACUGCAGAGACCCACAGGGCCCCGGAUGGGAAAAGGAGCCCAAUUCCUGUACAUAUAUUUAAGUGACACAGUCAGGAGCUUGAGGGACAAGCUUGAAUGCUUGCAUAAUAAAGCACGUCCUUCACAUGUCACAGUUGGGGCUUUUGCAACGAGAGCGUUUAGUGAUGACAAGUGGGUCUGGGCAGUGUCCCUUUCAUAUUUUUUUUUUAAUCCAAUAUCCGUUGAUUUAAUUGUGAUUAGAGAACUUGGACAUUUUGCUGCUAAAGAAUCUGCCCCCUCCUGACCCUACUUGCACUGCUGUGGAUUUUUUUUUUUAAGCAAAAAGAAAAAACCUUUCCCUAGCCCUCCAAACAUAUAUUCUGUGAAAUAACUGUGCCUGCAACAAAGUGUUAAUCCUGGGAUCGUAUUUUUAUAUCAUAUUCACGUAUUUGUUUUUUUUUUAAAUGGGUGUUAGAUGACAUGAUUAAUAAAAAAGGCAAGAUAUUUUCAGAAUUUAAAUUUUUUUUUCUUCUUUUGAAAUGUCCCCUUUAAAUUUUUUUAUGAUAAAAUCAAGAGACUCCUGUCUCUCUAGUCCUUAGAACAAGCCCCGUUAGGAAUCGAAGGGACACCGACAGCAGUGAGUGCUUGUGUAGGACGGACAGGAGGAUUUUGGAAGUGGGGUGAGGGUAGGUUUCUUUCUUCUUCCUCUUCUUCUUUUUUUUUUUUAAACUAUCUGUGGGUUUGAAACCUUCACCCUUCUUCCCCUAUGAGGGUAGAUGAAUUCCUCAGCCCUUGAGUCUGGGGUCGGAGGCAGGAUUCGUUUGCACAAUGUGUUCUUUGGGGCUCGGACUUACCAAAGCAGAACAGAGUGCAAGACCCGUGGACGUGCAUCUGCUGCUUUACACACACACACACACACACACACACACACACACACACGUUUUGUAUUACUAGUCCCUACAUGAAAUACUUGAAUUCUACAGUUUCCUUUGGGGUAAAAAGGAUUUGAAACCAUGAAGUGUUUGGAAGAAAUUAAUUCUAAAAAACAUACUUUUUUUUUUCUCUUCUCCCAUGCCCACAGACAGUGUCCUCUGUUCGAUUCCUAACGCAAACGACAAUAAAUGGUGAUACACAG